UAUCCCCGAGAGGCUCGGGCCACAGGCAAGCCAGUCUCCUGGCCGGCAGGUUUAUCAGUCCAGCUAUCCAUUCUUAUCCAAGCCAUGGCAAAGCUGAUGGUGCUCACCCUCCUGGGGUUGGGACUGGCGCUCUUCAGGGAUCACCGGGCUUCUUAUCAAGCACGACUUAAUGCUUUCCGAGAAGUAAAGCCAGUAGAACUUCCUAACUGUAAUUUAGUUAAAGGAAUAGAAUCUGGCUCUGAAGACUUGGAGAUACUUCCUAGUGGACUAGCUUUCAUUAGCUCCGGAUUAAAGUAUCCUGGAAUAAAGAGCUUUGAACCUGAUAAACCUGGCAAAAUACUUCUGAUGGACCUAAAUGAAGAAGAUCCAACAGUGUUAGAACUGAAGAUCACUGGAAGCAAAUUCGAUCAUUCUUCAUUUAACCCUCAUGGGAUUAGCACGUUCACAGAUGAAGAUAAUACCGUGUACCUGCUGGUGGUGAACCAUCCAGAUUUUAAGUCCACUGUUGAGUUGUUUAAAUUUCAAGAAGAAGAAAAAUCACUUUUGCAUCUGAAAACCAUCAGACACGAACUUCUGCCUAAUUUGAAUGAUAUUGUUGCUGUGGGACCUGAGCACUUUUAUGCCACAAAUGAUCACUAUUUUGUUGACCACUACUUGAGGUCCUGGGAGCUCUAUUUGGGUUUAGCGUGGUCCUAUGUUGUUUACUAUAGUCCAACUGAAGUUCAAGUGAUGGCAGAUGGAUUUGACUUUGCCAAUGGAAUCAACAUUUCACCUGAUGGCAAGUAUGUCUAUAUAGGUGAAUUGCUGGCUCAUAAGAUUCAUGUGUAUGAAAAGCACGCUAAUUGGACUCUAACUCCAUUGAAGGUGAUCCGAAUCCAGAACAUUUUAGCAGAAGAACCCAAAGUUACCCGUGUUUAUGCAGAAAACGGUACAGUUUUGCAAGGAAGUACUGUUGCCUCUGUGUACAAAGGGAAACUGCUGAUUGGCACCGUGUUCCAGAAAGCUCUGUAUUGUGAGCUCUAGUGGGUCGGUUUGCACCCGUGCCGUGGAUACUGUGAGCCCAUUUCAGCUGCUGGCCCCAUCUCAGGGGCCACAGCCAUCUGAUCUGAACAGUGACCACUGACCCCGAACUCAGACAUCUGGAAGGAGGAAAGCGCUGGUUAGCUGGGAACAGAAUCAAUGCAGAAGGCUUUUUGGAGGGUAUGAUAGCAAAUCAGUCUAGCAAUAUUUGAAAACCUCACUGACCAAUAAAAAAGUCCUUUGCAAUAAAAUGGCUGAAAUUGCUGUGUCAGUGGUCAGGUCUUAAAUAAUUUAACGGUAUGGGAUCCAAAUGCACUCUCCCUGAAGCAUGUGUUCCCUGAGAGCACAUGAGCUUAUCGCUGCCUCGCUGAGUCUUGUUCAGAGAAUACAGGAGCAGGAUGAUCUCAUGUAUCGUCAUUAACUCUAGUCCUCACUCAAGGGGCUCCGGUUCGCCUGCUGGAAAACUAGAUGUGCACCAGUUUCCCUCAGCUGCACGCAAACUUCCUCUGCAAAGCCAUCGGACAUACUGGCCCAGUCUGACUUCCAUUGCCCCUACUGUGGAUGACUUUCUCAGUAAACAUAAAUCUGAGUGACCCUA